AUGCAGCUGACCAACCUCCUCUGCCUUGCUGGCGUUCUGACCUCCGCGUCAGCCAUCACUGUCUCCUACGACCCCGGCUACGGCGAUGCCAGCCGCGCCAUGACAGCCGUUUCAUGCUCCGACGGCAAGAACGGUCUCAUCACCAAGUACGGCUGGAAGACCCAGGGCAACAUCCCCAAGUUCCCCUACGUCGGCGGCGCGCAGGCUAUCGCUGGCUGGAACUCUGCCAGCUGCGGUACCUGCUGGAAGCUCACCUACAAGGGAAAGAGCAUCAACAUCCUGGCCAUCGACCAUACUGCUGCCGGUUUCAACAUUUCGCCCGCUGCGAUGAACGCUCUAACCAACAAUCAGGCUGUCAAGCUCGGCCGGGUUGAUGCUACCGCUACCCAGGUGCCUGUCAAGAACUGUGGUCUCAAAUAA